AUGAAGGAAAAAAUCUCAAGCACAGUGACCAAAUUAUUAAAAAAGAAAAAAGAUUUAGAAGCAACUCAAGAAGAUGGAUUCGAUAGUGAUGAAAAUAAAGAAGACAUUGUAGAAAUGACAAACGUAAAAUGGCUAGGAAAUUUGGAUGAAAUUGUUAAGAAUCGUAAAUUAAUGGUGGAUAAAGAGAUAGAAGAAAUGAAGUCUACUCAUGAAAUGGACGAUUUGAAAUCUCUGGAGCCAUUUACAGAUACAAAAUUGCAUGUUAAAAUUGCCGAGAAAAAAUGUCUUCUCUACGAAACGAACGAUGAGCCAACUUUAGACGAUGAACUAGAUGAAAAGAUACUUUAA